AUGGUUACGAUCAAGGGGGAUCACUUUCGCUUCGACACCAUCGCAAUACAGCGGGAAGGCGUUACUCCUCCGAAGUAUGACACGUUCCGUGUGCCAGUGCCGCUUGAAACCGAGCUGGUUAUGCCGGAAGAAGGCACCUUCAGGAACACGAGGGAAUCCUCAAUGGGGAAAGCGGAGCCUCAGCAGUACGAUACGGAAAAGGUUUCCGUAGUACAUUCAAUGACGAUGGACCAGGUCGCUGUGACUGUGAGGCCUGCAUUCAACGAUUUCAUCAGGAGCCACAUUCGAGAACUGGAGAAACGAAUGGACGUACGCAUGAGCCUAACUCCGCGAGACGACGUCCACUGCCUCAUUGCCAGCGGUAGCAAAUCGUCGGAGGCAAUAGUGGAGAUGCUCAAUAUGUGUCGAACGAGCCGCAUAUACAACUACUACCUCUGCCUCCCCGUUCGGGGCGCUGACUUUCAGCGUGUUUUUAGCGAAUUCAAGCAGGAAGUAAUAGGCCUUCUAGGCCAUGAAGUAGCAUUUGAAAAGCGGCCGCAUGUGACUCUGGCCCUUUUGAACCUAGUCACUGAUGAAGACGUGGACGCUGUCGUUAGGGCAUUGCAGGCAACGACGCUCGCCGUGUCAUCGCUGUCAACGGGCGCGGAUGGGAAACGGAAGCCAUACACCAUAGAGCUUGCCGGAGUCAAGCCUAUUGUAUACAAAGGGCGGGCCGCGCAACGUAGCGUAUUCAUGACACAUGCACUGCCAGAAGACAAUUUAUCCGAUAUCGCAUCAGAAUUCCAGGAUUCCGUGAAACGGGCAGUGAACAACAUAAUAGCAGCGUCCAAGAAACGAGUCGCACAAAAGAAGGCUUCCAAGACUAAAAAUACCUACAACCCAGGCAGAUGGACUGAGGCGGAAGCAGCCGCACGUGGCAUAUACGUCACCAAAGGAGGAAACAUCGAGGUUACAUACGCCGAUGUAGCAUUAGUAGACCCAAAUGGGGCGAUUACAGAUCAGGAGCUCAAUGACAUGCUGGCGGAAUUGCGUAGCAAGUAUAUAGAUCACGAUGAGCCGGCGAAUAAACGCAAGGGUAAAGCUUCGGUGCAGAUCAAACAAAUACAAGGUGUGGAUCCUGCUUCUAGAAGGCAAGGUAAUGCACAAAAUGUGGUGCCGCGCGAUACAAAGGAGAAUGAUGAAGACAAUGCCGACACCACGCAGCCAGCAAAUGUCGGAGUUGUAGAUCAGGACUUCCCCGAGUACGAAACCUCAGUGACCCACGAGUUCCAUGUCACACUGCUGCGGAACUCAAAAGUGGAACGCCUGCAGAGACUCGGCUUUAAGACGCGGGGCGACGUAUGUUGCGUGGAGCUGCGGCCGCGGGGUGAUGAGACAUGUAACUUUAAAGCCUACACCAAAACCCGGCUGGUGCAAUUUGUCGGCAACCGCUACGAUGGCCAGCAGUCUGAAGUUGACGACGCCAGUUAUAUAUCCGGUUCUGCGCAGCCUGAGUUGCCGUCUGACCUUGUGACGGAUCCAGGUGCAUCGGAUGGCAGCACCGAGAGAUUCGUAUUCUGGAUAUGA